UGUUUUAUUUUGAAAUUUCUAACAUUCUUACCAUUCUUUUUAAAUCUGUAUUCAUUUUCAAUUUUAUAUUAACUAUUUAUUUUUAUGCAAAAUGUGAUGUGCACGUAUAAAAGAUUUGCUAUUUGCCAAAACAUAACACUUGACAGAUUGCAACAGUGAUGUCAAUGCCUUGCUUAACGAAUAUAGGCCAGCAUACAUUUAUUGCCACACUUGCGAGCCACCGAAAACGUCUAUUGAUACUUCUAUUUGGCAGCAUUUCCAUAGUUUUAACAUCCAAUAUAGAAUUCUGCAUUAUCUAUUAUUAUAUAGACAAAAGUUAUUCUUUGUAAUCGUGCCAGUUUUACUGCAUUUUUAACCUAUGAUGGAAAAGUGAAAAAAUAAUUUUAAUAUAUAUAAAUGAAUUUUCUUCGAUAUGGAUUUGGAAUAAUUUUGGUCGAAUUUUGUUUACUAUAUUCUAACAUUCUCUUGGUUGGUUAUGUCUGAUAAACGAAGGCGGUAUCGUAAUAAAAAUAAGAACGGCGACAGUCGUCUUAGAAAUUCGGAAAAUGAAAUACAGCCAAAAAUUUUGUUGAAGGCUAAAUUAGAAAACUAUGAAGCAGAAGUCGCUUCCAACAUGGAUGUUGCCUCACAAAUACCACAAAAGACGAUAAUAGUAACGCGCACCGAGGCUAGUCAAAGUCCAUUGUUUAAUAGAACAAGCCCUAACAUUACUAAAGAAUUAAGCGAUAGAGUUCAAACUAUAUUUAGUAAACCUGUUGAAUCUUUGCCUCAGAUGACUAGACCUACUACUGUUAUUUCUUCAACUGGUCAAAUUAAUACCAAUGUUAAAAAAAUACUGAUGUCUACAAAUACAGAUUUUUUAGUAAUUGGUGUUAUUGGCACACAGGGAGUUGGAAAGUCAACAGUAAUGAAUUUUUUGGCGAACGAAAAUCCGGAUUAUGAUUAUUAUAACAAAAUGUUUGUAGAGGAGGAUAAUAUUUUUCCGACAAAAGUCAAAUCUAAUAAAUAUUCUGGACGAUGUCGUACUGAGUCAACCCAUAUGUUUAUAACAUCUGACCGAAUGAUAUUAAUUGAUAGUCCACCUCUUAUGUGCAACUCAUAUAAAAAAGAUAUGGUUUCAAACGAACUAGAUGAUUUGUGCCAAAUAAUAAGUUUUCUCUCUGUUUGUCACCUUGUUAUUGUGGUGCAAGAUAAUUAUUUAAAUAUAAAUUUUCUAAGAUUACUGCAAUUUGCAGCGGAAAUGAAACCAAAACAAGAAAAUCCUCCAUUUUUAAGUGACUACUUCCCAAAUAUAAUGUUUUUUAUAAAUCGUGCAAACCGAUUUGAUUUUGCAAUUAACCAAAAAAAGCGUGUCGAUAACACUUUAAAACUAUUUUUCAAAAAAUCAAAAAUGAGGGUUUAUUUGGGACAGACAAGUAAUCAACAACAUCUGAAAAAAAGUCGAGCUUCUGAAGCGGAUCAUAUUAUAAAUAGCUUUUUAUUUCCAAACUUGAAAGGUUCGGAGGUUUCGACGUUUCAUAACUCUUUGGUGGAUAUUGUAGAAAAUUUUCGAUCAUUGGUAAACAUGACACCUCGAAAUAAAAUGCAAACGGGAACAAUGGAAUUUACCGAGGAACUUUGGUUUGAAAUGCUUUGUGUAAUCACUCAAAAAAAACAACAUGCUUCAAUUAAUGCUUAUAACGAUGUACAUCGCAAGCACUUUGACUUCUGCAAUCUGAAUACAUCAAAUACAAGCAACGGCUCCUCAAAUAAUCAAAUAAAAAACGAAGUUGAAUCUUAAAUUGUUAUAGAUUAUUGCAAUGCAAUUAAGUUCCGUUUGGGAAAUAUGGAAAUAUGGAAAUGAUCAAACUUAUUAAUCAAAUGAGUUAACAUUUAUAUUAGAUGUUGAAGCUGUAUUUUAAUUCCUUUUGAAAUCGGACGAUGAUAAUCGGAUAAUGAAAAUAGCAUAGAUCAUCUAAUAAGUGGGCCAUAAGCAUUAACAAAGAGCUAAUUAAGAAUGGGUUAUGUAAAGUAUUAAUUAAUUUUGAUAUUUCCCAUUCAGCAAUUGGGAUACUGGCAGUUUUUAGUAUUUAAUUGCACAAAGUGAAUUUCGUCAUUAAAGUAAAAAAUUUAAUUGCAUCAAUCAAAUCAUAUAUACACAUGUUUUAAAUCCGACCCAUUCCCUACGUACUAUAUAAGACAGAUGUAACAAAAAUUUGUUUUUGACUUUAAACUAGUCCGCUAAUUGAAUAAUUCAAACAAUUAAAUGAUACUUCACUGUCGCAGCAUUGCACAAUUUUUUAUUUCAUUACUCGAAAGUGUAGAUCACAACGUAACCCAAUUUCUGAGUACUCUUUAAUAUCCUGAAUAUUUGGCACAUUUGAUGAACAUAUUAUUGACUUGCAUCCCUUAAAUGACAAA